UCUAUUGCACAAAGUGUCAUCUCUGAAAUUCCUCCAGGAAGCCCCUCCUAGUCCUGGCCCCUUCCCACGAGCUUGGUGGAAUGAAUCAGCUUGCGUACCCACCCACGCACUUUGCGCGCUGUGGGCUGUGCCUCCUCCAUGUCUGUGCGGCGGCGUUAGGGAGGAUGCUCGCCGGAGGCUUCCUUCGCUCUCAAGAGUCCGACGCAAAGUAGCCACUGGCUUCUCCUCCUCCUCCCCCGAUGCUGCUGCUGCUGCCGCUGCUGCUGGAAGAAGCGAGGUCGUGCAGCAAACCCCACACCGUCCUAGGAGCCUGACGCGCAUGACAAGCGAACGAGCUCUUUGACGGCAGCCAGCAAGCAGAGGAAUGUGCCCAAGUGUGGUUUUUAAACCUCACCGAGGAGCUAUACCUCUUUUUUUUCUCUUAACAAUUACUUACACGCCGCAGAGCAAAGCACAGCUCGCGUGACCGAUAGCGCGGUACAUUUUGUGCCUCUUUUAUUUUUUAUUUUUUUUGUAUUUCAUUGCUAGCGGCGUUGUGGUGGUUUGCAGCUUGGCGGAGGUUGUUUUUCUUUGCUUUGGUCACGCGUGGACAAGACAAACUUGUGCAUGGCUCUGGUCAUGGAGCCCGUCAGCAAGUGGAGCUCCAAUCAAGUGGUGGACUGGAUGAAAGGACUGGACGACUGCCUGCAGCAGUACAUCAAGACGUUCGAGAGGGAGAAAGUCGGGGGGGACCAGCUGCUCCGUAUCACCCACCAAGAACUGGAGGACUUGGGAGUGUCCAGGAUCGGCCAUCAGGAGCUCAUACUGGAGGCGGUGGACUUGCUAUGCGCGCUUAAUUACGGACUGGAGACGGAGAAUCUCAAGACCCUCUCUCAUAAGCUCAACGCUUCAGCCAAGAACUUGCAGAACUUUAUCGCCGGGAGACGGCGCAGCGGCCACUAUGACGGCCGAGCCACUCGUAAGCUACCCAAUGACUUCCUCACCUCCGUGGUGGACCUCAUCGCCGCUGCCAAAAGCCUUCUGGCGUGGCUGGACAGGUGCUCCUUCUUCUCCAGGUCGCCGUUCGCCUCGGUGGCUGAUUACGGCGUCACCAGGAACAGCGUGAUCCAGCUCUGUCUGGAGCUCACCACAAUUGUACAGCAGGAUUGCUCUGUUUAUGAAACGGAGAACAAAAUCCUUCAUGUGUGUAAAACUCUCUCUGACGUGUGCGACCACAUUAUCUCUCUGUCCUCGGAUCCCAUGGUGUCGCAGGCUGCGCAUCUGGAGGUGGUGCAGCUGGCCAACAUCAAAUCCACCGAGGGAUUGGGCAUGUAUAUCAAGUCAACAUAUGACGGUUUGCAUGUCAUCACCGGGACGACGGAAGGAUCUCCGGCUGACCGCUGUAAGAAAAUUCACGCCGGAGAUGAAGUCAUUCAGGUCAAUCACCAGACAGUGGUGGGCUGGCAACUGAAAAACCUGGUCAACCUUCUGCGUGGGGACCCAGCGGGUGUGACCCUGACGUUGAAGAAACGGCCACAGAGCACGCUGACCUCCACUCCUGCGCUGCUCAAGAACAUGCGGUGGAAACCUUUGGCUCUGCAACCGCUGUUCCCUCAGAGCCCCGGCAGCAGUGUUGCCACACCUAGCAGCACUUUAAGCACUCCAUCAAGGAGGGGAAGCUGUGCCCUGCAGGACCUCUACAUCCCGCCUCCUCCAGCGGAACCCUACACCCCCAGAGAUGACAAAAGCAGCCUUCAGCGCUCCGACUCUCAGUCCGACCUCGUCCAUCACGGCAAGCGCUCCGACUCCCCAAAUUCCUACCUGGACCAGGAGUGUCGGCGUCAAUUCCCUCUGGUGGAGGAUGACUCCAUACUGUACUGUUACGAGUACGACCAGAACCAAGAAGUGUCGUCUGUCCGCAGGGGGAGCACGCCCACCUACAGCAGGCUCAGGCCCAUCUCCAUGCCACUGGAAUACAACUGGGCGGGAGACGAGGACGAGAACCUGGCCAAGCUAAAGAGAGAGAGCAGGCGAGAAAAUUCCCUCCUGCGUUUCGCCAGUGAAGACAAAAGCUCCGGGGGAGAUUUCCUGCUGGGCCGCAGCCUGAGUCACAGUCGACGAAAGAUGGAGAGGGGAAGCAGCCCCACUCACUACACGCUCAUCCCGGCCCUCCAGAUGGAAGUUUCCCUGUCUACAUCCAGCUCCGACUCUGCCUCCCUCUACCACGUGUUUGAGCGAUCGUCGCGCCUGCAGAGGUCAAAGAAGAAGAGUAAAGUCGGAAGCCCCAUGGCCUCCAUCAGCAAACGACGGAUCUCCUGCAGGGACUUGGGUCAGGGCGACUGUGAAGGCUGGUUGUGGAAGAAGAAAGAUGCCAAAACGUAUUUUUCUCAAAAGUGGAAGAAAUACUGGUUCAUUCUGAAAGACACGUGUCUGUAUUGGUACAUGAAUGAGGAGGAUGAGAAGGCAGAAGGCUUUGUCAAUCUUCCAGAGUUUAAGAUCGAUCGUGCUACAGAAUGCAGGAGAAAGUUUGCUUUCAAAGCUUGUCAUCCCAAGAUAAAGACAUUCUACUUUGCGGCAGAAAAUGUAGACGACAUGUCCCGGUGGCUGAGUCGUCUAAGCAUGGCUGUGGCGGGCUACUGCGAGCAAGACAAGAUUCAGGAUCAAGAUUACUGGAGCGAGAGCGACCAUGAGGACAUGGACAUGUCUUCCAUGAACAAACAGGACAGUCCACCGCCACCUUAUGACACAUAUCCAAGAGCAUCAUCAGUGAGCCCCUACCUGGAACCCAAACGCGGUCAUUUCUCCUCAUCUGACACAUUCCAGUCACGUUCCUCUCAUGAGGAUUACCACUCAGAGCCCCAGGAAGGCGGCAGCAGCAACAAUGGUGGUAUAUCCCCUGGACAGAAGACAAGCAACCAGCGAAACUCCUGGCAGGACCAGAUGGAGAGCAACGCCAGAAUGCAUUUCCUCCAGGCGUAUCCCAUCGAAGAGCCUCUGCUAUCUGAUGACAGGGAACAAAUGGCGAUGGAGUAUCGCAGGCAGUCUACGCUGCCUGCACAGCGCAGCCUGCUGCAGGAACAAUACCGAGCAUUGCCCCUGCCCAUCAGGUCCAGUAUCGAUUCGGAGGCGGGAGGGAAACCUCGCAGCUUCACGCUACCCCGAGACAGUGGUCUCCACGCCAUCUUGGCAGCCAACUCCGGCGCGUCAGAUGAGAGAACACCUCGACAUUACCAGCUGGAGCGGCCCAGAGAAAUAGGUCGUGGACGAGACUUGCGGCUGCAGUCGGACUCGGUGGGGGAUUUGUACCGAGCUCUGGAGCACACCAGUCUGUCCACCUCAGCUGACCACCGGUCAACCAGUCGCCUGGAGUACAAACGCUCCUUUGUACGCAGGGCGAAUGACCCCGUGCUCAACGACAAGCUACACCGCCUCCGCAUCCUCCACAGUUCUCUCAAUGUACUGAAUGUCCCUCUUCAAGACACAAACCGCUCGUUGGGCUUUUUAGGCUGAUACGUGGAACCACACUGCCUCAUUUGCAGGAGAUGAAAAGGCAACAGAAAGCUUCAUUUUUCUUCUUCCUUUUUCUUCUCCUCUCCCCUUUCAAGCACAUCUACUGAACGGUGUUACUCGCUCACGUUCUUUCUGUAGUUUUAAUGAUGAGAACAUUUGCUAAAGGUUGAGCACUGGUUUCAACUGGUUGGGGAAAAAAGCACUUUGUGUACCUGUCAUGGACUUGAUGGAGAGCGUCUUCACUCACAUGCAUGGCUGUUUCCCAUCACUUUUGUUGGCAUUGUGUGCAGCUGAACAGAUCAAAUUGACUAUUUUGGAUGUACACUCCGUUUUGUUAUUUGUAUAAUUAUUGAUCUAUAUUAAGUAUGGCAUUGCUACACAACCUCUUGAGGAUAUGUGCUGGAAUACAAAUAGUAAAUCAAGUGCUGUGCCUCAGUGAUUGUGAAUGUACAUUGUACUUUUCCAAGAAUAAUGAAAGAAGCAAGUUUCUCUUCAAAUAGGGGUGAGAAUAUCACACUUGGCAAUGAGGAAAUUGUAUUGUAAAAUAUAAAAGGGACGGUCACAAUAGUUGUCUAUUUUUGUAUGCAUGCAGUCUUUACAGUGGUGGCAAAACAAAAAAUAUAUAUAAGUGUGUUAAAUUCGGAGACGACUGCUCAUCUCAACUGCCUCAACCUCAAGACUUAUUUUAAAAAUCAAAUUUCAUUACAAAAGAGAUGGGAAUUAACAGUAUUUAUUAAGUGUUUAAUGUACACGCAUGUUUUGUAAUACUGUACUAAAACACGUGACUAUGCCAUUUAACUGCACACGUGUGCCAUAUUGCCGUAUUGUAGCUGCAAUACUUUUAUUUAAUGAUGGAAAUAAAGUAUGGCAUGGGCACACUACAAAA